GGCAGUGUUACCAGCCGGCAGAGGAGGGGUGACGUAGUUGACGGGCCGGCAAAAGGACCUUUCUAAAGGGUCUCCGAUUUUCGAGAAGCGGGAAAGAGGCGGGGAAUCGGUUUCUCAUUGAUCUGAAGAAGAAGCCACAAUCGGUAUCGGCCAUAAUAAUAUGCCCGUUAGCGUUUAAGACAUAGAAGGUUCUAACUGGCUGUUUCAUACGUCACACCUCUUAGCAUUAGGUAGAAUUCCGAAAGUUGUACCUCGAUACACUUUUAGCCCCAUCCUCUACCUUUUCACAUCCCAUUUACCGCUCCCCCUAGAUCGCGAAUCGGUGCCGAAGUCGCAUCCGUAAACGGCAUCCCCAAACGGCAACGCCCCCCGUCUCCGAUCUUCCCGAUCUCCGCCCACCCUCACACACACAUCGCCCAAAAAAAAUGAUACGCAAGCUCUCCAAGCAGCCCACCCUCCCGCUCAACGACCCGGCGGCGCUCCCGCCCAUCCUCAGCGACGGCCUCCCGCUGCCGCGGGCCGUGGUCUUCGACCUCGACUACACGCUGUGGCCGUUCUGGGUGGACACGCACGUGUACCCGCCCUUGCGGGCCGCGAACGCCGAGCGCAGCGCCGCCGUCGACAAGGUCGGCGAGUCCUUCGCCUUCUACGCGCAGGUGCCGGCCGUGCUGCACGGGCUCGCGCUCGCGGGCGUGAAGCUCGGCGUCGCCAGCCGCACCCACGCGCCCGACUUGGGCAGGGAGAUGCUGAAGCUGUUGCAGGUCCCGCCCGCGAGCGCGCUGCUCGAGGAGGCGAGCGUGGAUGCUGUGAUCAAGGCUGCGGCGGCGGCGGGGCAGAGCGGUGCGGGGAGCGCGGCGAAUAAGAAGGAUAAGGUUCGUAAGGCGAUUGACUUCUUUGAUGCCGGGCUUGAGAUCUAUCCUAGUAGCAAGAUUCAGCAUUUUAAGGCGCUGGGGAAGAGGAUGGGGAUCCCGCAUUCGGAGAUGCUGUUUUUUGAUGACGAGAGUCGGAAUAGGGAUACGGAGUCCCUGGGUCUGACGAUGUGGCUGGUGCGGGAUGGUGUUACGUGGAAUGAAGUUGUUGAGGGGAUUAAAGAGUGGAGGAGACGAAAGGGCAUUUGAGUUUUACGGCACCUUUGCAAGAUUGCUUCGGGUCAUAGAACUGCGUGGCGUUUCGAUGGCCGAUAGAAGGCCGGUUUAGAGAGGAUAGAGCAUACAAUGUAGACGGCGAGGACACACAUCAUGGCUACGACGUAAUGGAAGGAGUCCAGGAGGAG